AUGGUACUCGGAUCGGCAAACAGCACUCAUCGCGCUCACCAUCGGCUACAGAGGCCCGAUUGCAAAACAGGAGAUCUCGGUUCAAAAGCGGGAGAUAUAGCCCAGAUUCUGAUGCAGAAUUACAGCAGAAAUGCGCUUCCUCCAAUGGCUCCUAUUGAAGUGGAGGUAGAAAUAACUAUACUGGAUAUCUCAGACAUCUCUGCUAUCAGAGGAAGUUUUGUUAUGGAUUUUUUAAUUAGCUCCAUCUGGAUGGAUAGGCGGUUAGCAUUUGGACAUCUUGACCCGUGUAGGAAAAAUUUAUCGUUGGAUCACGACAUGGAACCCCGACUGUGGUCUCCAAAUGUUUGCGUAGUCAAUUCGAAGUCAACUAAGGUGCACGAUUCUCCCAAACCCAACAUUCUUCUUAUGAUCUUUCCAAACGGGACAGUAUGGCUCAACUAUCGAGUUCGUUCAGAGGCCCCCUGCCACAUGGAUCUACGAACGUUCCCACUGGAUAGCAUCAGGUGCACACUGUUACUGGAAAGCUACUCAUACAACUCUGCUGAGGUAUCACUUCACUGGCUCGAAUGGUCUCCGGUCAGCUCUGUCAAGCAAGAUUGGAACUUGCCAGAUUUCAAGAUGACUAACAUCACGUAUGGAUCUUUUACGGAGACAUAUACAGCGGGUUUAUGGCACCGUUUGUCCGUUUCUAUUCAUUUUGAACGCCUUUACGGCUUUUAUAUAUUACAGAUGUACUUACCAACUUAUGUCUCCGUUUUCAUCUCUUGGAUUGCAUUUUGGAUGGACACACGAGCGCUACCGGCAAGGAUCACACUGUCGGUUUCAUCGCUUAUGGCUCUCACCUUCCAAUUUGGAAACAUCGUCAAGUCUUUACCAAAGGCCUCCUAUGUGAAAGCCAUUGACAUCUGGAUGUUUGGCUGUGUCGGGUUCAUCUUCUUUUCUUUGGUCGAGUUGGCGAUAGUGGCAUACAAUGACAAAAUGGAUGACCAACGUCUUAGAAGCUCAAGUGUGUCUGGCCCAUCCUCAAAUGGAACUUCUUCAGGAUUCAGAAGAAGCGUUGUCGAAAUGUCAAUGCACAGAACCAGAGGAGAUCAUUUGAGUGCUGCAAUCGACAAAGCAGCAAGUGUGGCAUUUCCCGUGGGUUUUGCGAUCUUCAACGUAUGCUAUUGGGUCUACUAUGUCACAAGAGCAAGAAUGAAAUUGUGA